CGCCAUUGAAACACAGAUUUUCUUAUUGAUCGUACGAAGCAAACCCUACGAGGAUUUAUUUGUUGUUUAAAAUUUGUUGGAAGACCAGAGAAAUAAUUUGAGUAAAAUCAGAAAAUAGUGAAUAGACAUGUCGGAAGUCGUGUAUCCGCAAGGGUGUAAGCCCCUCAGAGAAGAUUUGGGUCCAGAUGAGCUCAUACGGCGACUCAAAAGCUUGGCACAUACUCUACAAACAAUGAGUCAAGAUGAGAACAAAUAUCAGGCGUAUAUACCAUUGGCAUUGCAUUUAGUUGACGAUUAUUUUCUAACACACUCAUCGCGUGAUGUUCAGUUGUUGAUUGCAUGCUGUAUUGCUGAUGUGUUGCGUGUAUAUGCACCUGAAGCACCAUAUAAAGAAGCCGACCAAGUGAAACUGAUUUUCAUGUUUCUUAUUCGUCAACUGGAAGGUUUGAAAGAUCCCAAAGAUCCGGCAUUCAAGCGAUAUUUCUAUCUCUUGGAGAAUUUGGCUUAUGUUAAAUCAUUCAACAUGUGCUUCGAAUUGGAGGAAUCUCAAAACAUUUUCUGCAGCCUAUUCAGCCUUUUCUUUAGAAUUGUAAACGAUGAGCACAGUGGCAAAGUGAAAUCUUUCAUGUUGGACGUAUUAUGCCCGCUUAUCACCGAAUCAGAUAAUGUUUCAUCACAAUUGCUCGACAUCAUUCUUAUUAACAUAGUUGAGCCACAAAAGUCUUCAAAAAAGAACGCUUAUCAUCUAGCAAAAGAACUGAUCAUUAAAACAAAUGAGACUAUGGAACAGUAUAUUCAACAGUUCUUCAACCAAGCAUUGGUCAUGGAUAAGGUCAAUAAGACUUAUCAAAUUUCUUCAAGAAUCUACGAUUUAAUCUAUGAAUUAAAUGUCAUAUGUCCAAGUAUUUUACUGCAAGUAUUGCCACAACUUGAAUGCAAACUAAAAGCUGGAUCAGAAUCCGAGCGUUUGAAGGCCGUAGCAUUGUUGGCGCGUAUGUUUUCGGAAAAAAAUUCGACGCUUGCCAAACAAUAUAGUGCAUUGUGGCGGCAGUUUAUUCAACGUUUCUGUGACAUUGCCGUACCAAUUCGUGUGAAAUGUGUUCAAAGCAGCAUGCACUUUUUAUUAAAUCAUCCGGAAUUGCGUGAUGAAAUUAUCGAAGCGCUAAAAUUUCGUCAACAUGACGGUGAUGAGACCGUUCGUUAUGAAGUAGUAAUGGCAAUUGUUGAAACGGCCAAACGCGAUUUUCGCAUUGUAUCCGAAUCAGAGGAUCUAUUAGAGUUUGUGAAAGAGCGCACACUGGACAAAAAGUUUAAAAUUCGCAAAGAAGCAAUGAGCGGUUUGGCUUUGAUUUAUAAAAAAUAUUUGAGUGACGUUGAUGUGCCGGAAGCAACGAAAAAAGCUGUCAAUUGGAUAAAAGAUAAAAUUCUUCAUGGAUACUAUAUGACUGGGCUAGAAGAUCGAUUGUUGGUCGAACGUUUACUUAUCACAUGCCUAGUGCCGUACACAUUAAGAGCCGAAGAUCGUAUGAAAAAAUUGUACCAACUACUUGGAACCAUUGACGAUAAUGCUAUUAAGGCAUUCAUUGAAUUACAAAAGAACCAGUUGAAAGUUCGCAAAAGUGUUUCGGAUUGGGUCAAAUUACAUCGCGCUAAGGAGGUUACACCAAAAAUUCAAAAAGAAAUGAACAUCAUGUGUCAAGCAAUUUCAAAGUGA